AGUUCCUUGCGUGGUGUUUCCAUGCCUUGUGGUAUUUGAGGUGGAUGGGUAGCUUGGAAACUUGUUCAGCAUCAUCUUGAUGGUGAGAUGCGUUAGUGUUGGUGAACGUGUAAAAAGGAAGUCGCAAGCAAAAGUGCGGAAAUAAAGCGGAAGUGGCUGUACACACGUCGUCUAAACAUGGCGGCGGAGGCGUGUCAACAAAGAGUGACAUCACGAGGAGCCCUUUGAGUUCUUUGAUGCUUUGAUCUUCUCGUUCCUAUAUAAGUUGUUUUUUCGUUAUGAAUUUUUACACCAAAUGCCUAAGAAGCAGACAAGUGUUGCUGUUGUUGGUGUGCAUCUUCCUUCCUAAACAUAAGCAGGUGUAUACAUGAUGAUGAUGUGGCACCUCCUUUGGCCUUCUGUCCUCCUGGGAGUGUUUUUUAACAUUUGUCCAACAUGUCCUCUGGAAAUCCAGAAGGAAAGGAACCACUACUACGUCGCCAGGGGGUCAAGUGUCCAGCUACCUUGUGCGUACAGUCACACCCUGGACUCUAACCAGUACACGGAGGUCUCGUGGAGUAUCGUGUCUGCAGACCGAGAGGAGCAACCCAUCAUUUGGUUUACAGGCGGCCGCUUGUAUUCUGAUUUGUACAAACCAAUGGAGGGGAGGGUCCAAUUCACAUCAGCGGAUCCCCAAAAUGGAGACGCAUCUAUCACCAUCAAAGAUGUACGUCUGUCAGACAUGAAGAAAUAUCGCUGUACGGUGAAGAAGUUACCAGAACUGGACCAGAAGAUCUUUGACCUGACGGUCAUGGAGGCACCCAGUCAGCCUCUGUGCAGUGUUGACAAAGAAGACAACAGUAUGACGCUGAAAUGCAGCUCUCUGCAAGGCACCCCACCUUUGCAUUACAUCUGGUCCAAGACCAGCGGAAAUAAGGUCAUGCCUACACAGGCCUUUGUCGACCCCACAGGAGCCACCUUGCAUUUCAACAUCACCGAGCGGGAGUGUGGAAGCUAUCGCUGCACGGUGGAAAGUAUGGUGGGCACCAAACACUGUGACCUUCACCUGGACUGUUCGCUGCCCCAGGACGACAAUGUGAGCAGUGCACGAUUGCUGACAACCACUGCAGUCGCUGCAAUCGUUGUCACUAUCACCACACUCUUCAUUGUCGCAGUUGUCCUUGCCGUAUUCCUCUACCGCAAACGAAAAGAGCAACACCAGGACAUUGAAAUGGAAAAAUAAUUUGAUGUUGUUCAUUUGUGAAUGUUUGAUAACAAAUUGUUGACAUUGUUUGUUAUGUUAAAUCUUUUUACCGCAAUGGCAUUUUGAUUUUUAUCUCACUUUUGAAUCUAUUAAACAAGUUCUAUGUUAUUUCUAGUAUGUCGGUUGUGUUUUUUUUAUACAUAUAUAAAUGUAGAAAUUGACAGAAAACUGAAAGGUUACACUUGGGGGAAAAAAAGCAUAUUUUGUAAAGUAAAACAUCAACUUUAUUUUAACACCUAAUGGAAAACUGAUCUGGACUGAUCAUAAGUUAAUGUAAAAUAAAUAAAUAAAUAAAACUCGGUAGCAGUAGAAAUUAUGGAGGGGUCCACCUUCAAGGCAAGGCAAGGCAAGGAAAAUUUAUUUAUAUAGCACAAUUCAACACAAGGCAAUUCAAAGUGCUUUACAUCACAUGAAGAUCAUAAAAAUCACAUUUAAAUCAACACAACGUAGAAACGAAGACAAAAGAUCGCAUUUAAUCACAGAAUAAAAAUAAAUAAAUAAAAUAAAAAUAAAACAAAAACUACUACUACUAAUAAUAAUUGAAAUCAGCAAUGGAGAUAAAAACAAGAGGAAUAGAAAGCAGGUAGAUUGAAAUAUAUAGACAGUUAUAGAUAUGCAGUGCUAAACAAAAGCGUUUUUAACCCUGAUUUAAAUAAUUCAAAUAAAGAAUAUUUACAAACAAACGCUGUAGAAAACUAUAAAGACAGGUGAUACAACACUACUUCAAGCUUAUAUUCCUCCUAAUAUUAGAAAAAUAAGUUAAAUUAAUAAAAUUAAACCUUGACUUUAAUGAUAUGUGCGCUAUACUGCCCCUUAGAGGUCAGACU